GACGUCACAUCCAGCAUGGCGGUCAAGGUGCAAGCAACAAAAAGAGGAGACCCCCAUGACUUGAAGGCUAUUUUUCUGAAGUAUGCCAGUGUGGGAGAUGGAGAGCAUUACAUGACCCCCAGGGACUUUGUGCAGAGCUACCUGGGUCCUGCACCACAGCCUCAACACAAUCCCAAAACUGUGGAGCUGAUAGCUGGAGUGGCUGACACCACUAAAGAUGGAUUGAUCUCUUUCCAGGAGUUUCUGGCCUUUGAAUCAGUACUAUGUGCCCCGGAUGCCAUGUUCAUAGUUGCCUUUCAGUUGUUUGACAAGACUGGCACAGGGAACAUCUCAUUUGAAAAUGUACGAGACAUCUUCAGCCAGACGACAGUUCAUCACCAACAUUCCCUUCAACUGGGACGUGAGUUCAUCAGGCUACACUUUGGCCACGAAAGAAACAAGAACCUCAGCUACAAGUUCACUCAGUUUCUGCAGGAGCUGCAGUUAGAGCACGCUCGCCAGGCGUUUGCGCAAAAAGACAAGAACAAAAGUGGCACCAUCACUGCCUUGGACUUCAGCGACAUCAUGGCCACCAUCAGACACCACAUGCUGACUCCAUUUGUUGAGGAGAAUCUGGUUUCAGCUGCAGGAGGCAGCACCUCCCACAUGGUGAGCUUCUCCUACUUCAAUGCCUUCAAUGCCCUCCUCAACAACAUGGAGCUGGUUCGCAAGAUUUACAGCACCCUGGCCGGCACGCACAGAGACACUCUUGUUACCAAAGAGGAGUUUGUUCAUGCUGCAAAUAAGUUUGGUCAGAUCACUCCCAUGGAGAUUGACAUCCUGUACCAGCUGGUCGGUCUCCACUCCCACUCUGGGCGGCUGAACCACGCAGACAUCGAGAGGAUAGCCCCGCUGGAGGAAGGAGCCAUGCCAUACCACCUAGCAGACGCCCAUAGACAGCACGCUCACGAAACGUCUCGGUCCGUCUGGCUCCAGGCUGCAGAGUCUGCCUACAGGUUUACUCUGGGCUCAAUCGCUGGAGCCACCGGUGCCACGGCUGUGUACCCCAUCGACCUGGUGAAGACACGCAUGCAGAACCAGCGCUCCACAGGCUCCUUCGUAGGAGAGCUGAUGUACAAGAACAGCUUCGACUGCGCAAAGAAGGUGCUCCGCUAUGAGGGCUUCUUUGGAUUUUACAGAGGUCUCCUCCCGCAGCUCAUUGGCGUUGCCCCGGAGAAAGCUAUCAAACUCACGAUGAAUGAUUUUGUCAGAGACAAGUUCACCAGACAAGAUGACACCAUCCCUCUUCCUGCAGAGAUUCUGGCUGGUGGAUGUGCUGGAGCUUCCCAGGUGAUUUUCACCAAUCCUCUGGAGAUCGUUAAGAUCCGUCUGCAGGUGGCUGGAGAGAUCACUACGGGCCCCAGGGUCAGUGCCCUGAAUGUUGUCAGAGACCUGGGCUUCUUUGGCCUCUACAAGGGAGCCAAAGCUUGCUUCCUGCGUGACAUCCCCUUCUCGGCCAUCUACUUCCCUGUUUAUGCCCACACUAAGGAGAGGCUGGCAGAUGAGGACGGACAGCUGGGGGCAGUGCAGCUGCUCACCGCUGGAGCUAUUGCAGGUGUGCCGGCCGCUUCGCUGGUGACCCCUGCCGAUGUCAUCAAGACCAGGCUCCAGGUGGCGGCUCGAGCAGGCCAGACGACAUACAAUGGAGUCAUCGACUGUUUCAGGAAGAUCCUCAAGGAGGAAGGUUUCAGGGCAUUUUGGAAAGGAGCAGGAGCUCGUGUCUUCAGAUCGUCGCCACAGUUUGGUGUCACCCUGGUGACCUAUGAGCUGCUACAGAGAUGGUUCUACGUAGACUUUGGAGGACAUCGUCCUGCUGGCUCUGAGCCCACUCCCAAACCCACGAUUGAGGACUUGCCCUCUGUGACUGCAGACCACAUGGGCGGCUACCGUCUGGCUGCUGCAACCUUUGCUGGCGUGGAGAGAAAGUUUGGUCUGCACCUGCCAAAGUUCAAGCCUUCCGGAGAGGCAACAAUCAAACCAGCGGCGUCCAAAACGGAGCCUCAAGCCUCAUAAACCGUCAUGAGGGCUGCAUGCUGUUCCAGUCCUCAUGUUUCCUCCAAAAAUGGUUUUACUGAUCCACUGCUGUUUCAAUUCGGUGCAUCUGAGCGGUUGUCUUACUUAAAAUGCUGCAUGAGUAUGGCUUUGUUGAAUUUUCUUUGCAUUGCUUGCACAAUUUUACUGUACAUAUUGUACUUCUCUACAGAGGGACAUUAUGGCAUCGCAAAAAGGAUUGUUACUGCGUUUUUCUGGUGUGCAAUAGCUUCGGUGUGCAUGUGUCGGUUACAUUUAAGAGACACGAGGAUGUACAGAUAUUUUCAAAGUAUUUAUUUUGAAAUCAUGACCAGGGACUUGGGAAAUAAUUUAAAUGUAUUUAUUGUAUUUUAUUGAAAUAAAUCAUUCAAACUGUU